CGCUUUACGUGUUCGUUGUCUUUGGUGGCUUCACAUCUAUAUCUCAAUUCCUAUUCUUUCCUUUCUUUCCUUUCAAUUACCACUCAGACUCCUUCUCUGCCCGAGCCGAGACUCCACCCACACACAUACAUCCGACACACACCGGCGAAACAACAACCACCCACUUGCUUUUUUAUAAUUGGCCCCGAGUCACGACACCACUCUUUGCUUUGCAUCAUUUACAUUAUGAGACCCGCCAUCCAACUGCUCUCAGCCCUGGCCCUUGCCACCACCGCCGCCAUAGCUGGAAACAGCUCGGAACUGGGCAACAUCUAUGCUGGUGCACCCACCGAUGGCAUUUCAGUAUACGCAGAGAAUGUUUCGCAGUGCGGUACCGCCAACAUCUCAUGGACCGGUGCCAACCCUCCCGUGACACUCGAGAUCGCCGAAGGCGGCUACUACAUUGGCCGCACCUCUGUCGCCAACCUCACCACUGGAACGAACGACUACUCUACCGAAUGGCUCGUCGACGUCGCCGCCGGGCAGAGCCUCAUCUUCCAGGUCGUCGAUGCGGACGGCAAGACCGGCUACGUCCAAAACAUCAACGUAACGGACAGCGAUGAUGAUUCGUGUGUCAAGUUUGGAGCAGCAAACAGUUCGAGCAGUGCGGCGGGUAAUGGGACCAGCAAUGGUACGACUGAGAGUGCAGGGACGAGCGGGAAUGACAGUGCCACUGCUGUUGGUGGAGCGAGCGAUUCUGCCAGUAUUGCCUCCAGCAGCUCGUAUAGCGACCCAUCCAGCGCCACUUCUAGCUCAUCGGCCGUAGAAGGCUCGCCUUCGUCGGUCUCUUCAGAGUCCCUCUCGACUGUUGCAUCCACAAGCGCUUCAGCCGAUACCAGCUCCAGCUCCCCCUCGUCUGCAUCUGCCCAAGCUGCAAGCUCUUCAUCCAGCAGUAGCUCAUCUGGGGGCGUCGUCGCCGUCAACGAUUCAUCCAGCACCAACUCUGGCUCUUCCUCGUCCAGCUCGUCGACUUCAAGCUCAUCUUCGGCUUCUCGUGUGGCUAUUGGGGGCUGGUCGGUUGUGGGCGCCGUGUUGAGCGCUGUCGUUUUUCUCUGAACACUGGGUCAAGCAUUCGGGCAUGUAAUAUAGAGCAUCUUUUCUUUUCUUCCUUCGUAUUCCAGUCUGCCCUCACGACUGCACCGCUUUUAUAAAAGAGUCUCCUUCGACAGGACAUCUAGGCGGAGAAGACUUUGUGGAGUAUCAACCCUAGCUAGUCUUUUAUCACGUUUGGAUUCUUCAUUCAUUAUAUCAUGU